AUAACCGGACCCGUGCCCGUGGCAGCACCUCCGAGACGCCAGGCGCAGACAGGCAGCUCACGUUCUCACACUCCACACUGCCACUCUCUGCUCUGCUCCGCCUCCGCCCAUGGCCUCGCAGAUCUUGCUCCCGCUGCUCCUCUUCCUCAUUGGCUCGCAUUGCGGCAGCGGGGCGCCGGGAGCGGCGAGGCGGCAGCUGCUGGCGCGGCGCGCUGGGGACCCCAACUCGCAGGUCAAGUUCGACUUCUCGCCGUUCCUGAUCGAGUACAAGAGCGGCCGCGUGAAGCGGCUCAUGGGCACCAACGUGGUGGCCGCGUCGUCCGACGCGCUCACAGGCGUCACCUCCAGGGACGUCGUCAUCGACCCCGCCAACAACGUCUCCGCGCGGCUCUACCUCCCUAGCUUCCGCGCCAGCGCCAGGGUCCCCGUGGUCGUCUACUUCCAUGGCGGCGCGUUCGUGGUCGAGUCGGCAUUCACGCCCAUCUACCACGCCUAUCUCAACACCCUCACCGCCAGGGCCGGCGUCGUGGCGGUGUCGGUGAACUACCGCCUCGCGCCGGAGCACCCGCUCCCGGCGGCCUACGACGACUCGUGGGCGGCGCUCAAGUGGGUGCUCGCGAACGCGGCUGGGUCGGACCCGUGGCUCUCCCAGUACGGCGACCUGUCCCGCCUGUUCCUCGCCGGCGACAGCGCGGGCGGCAACAUCGCGCACAACCUGGCACUGCGCGCCGGGGACGAAGGCCUGGACGGCGGGGCCAGGAUCAAGGGCGUGGCGCUGCUGAACCCGUACUUCCAGGGGCGGAGCCCCGUGGGCGCCGACGCAAUGGACCCGGCCUACCUCCAGUCCGCGGCGCGCACCUGGAGCUUCAUCUGCGCGGGGAGGUACCCGAUCAACCACCCGUACGCGGACCCGCUCGUCCUGCCGGCUUCCUCGUGGCAGCGGUUGGGCUGCUCCCGCGUGCUGGUGACCGUGUCGGAGCUGGACCGCCUGAGCCCGUGGCAGCGCGCGUACUACGCCGCGCUCCGUGGCAGUGGCUGGCCCGGGCAGGCCGAGCUCUACGAGACCCCCGGCGAGGGCCACGUGUACUUCCUCACCAAGCUCGGCACGCCGCAGGCGCUCGCCGAGAUGGCCAGGCUCGUCGCCUUCAUUAACCGCGAUAACCAGUAGUUGCAGUACCGCGACAACAAAAGUAUACUAUAGUAAUUAGUAACUAGCGAGGGUGAGGUGAUUAAUUACUUUUGUUCUUAAUUACCGGUCGAUUACUACACGUCGGUUCCUCCCCAGAAACCGUCCGGAUGGAGAGAGAGGGGCCGGUGCCUGUUUGUUCGCUCGCGUUUCAUGACUAGAGUCUGCAGUGCUGACGCAGUGGUCGCUGGCCGCUGCGUGUCGUGGUUACUUCUAGUUACCGUACCAUAUGAUACUAUAGCGUCACUCACUCUACUACCUAGUACCGAUUGCAAUCUGUUACCUUUUAUCUGUGGCUACUUCUAUAUUGGGGUGAUUUUCUCGGAGUGUCA